AGCAGGGUCACCUCCUGUAGCCUAAAGAAAUGAGGAGCCAGUACUUGAGAAGUGCUGAAGAUACAGCCACAGAGCACAUACAGCUAGCGAGUGUACUGCAGGCUGUGUUAACGUGUUUUUCGCUGUAAAGUUGAGGGAAAUAAUACAGCUUCUAGAAGGAGUAGGUUAAGCAUUUUUCUGAGCCCUUGGGGAACUGCCUUUAACAGUAAAUGCAUGAUUAUCACUCAAUUGAUUCAUCGCUGCAGAUCUGCUUGUUGUGUAUUAGAAAUUCAUCCAUUAAGGAAGUUGUUUUCCACAAAAUCCAGUAUGACCUCAGUCAAACAGAAGAAUGCUAAAAGAAUCGAAGGACUGGAAAAGAAUGUAUGGGUUGCUUUCACCUCUGUGGCCUCGGAUUCGUCCAUCGUUAACCUGGGUCAAGGUUACCCGGAUAUCCCACCUCCAUCCUACGUGACCGAGGGUCUUGCUCAGGCUGUGAUGGUGGACAGGUUGAACCAGUACACGCGCGGCUUUGGCCAUCCCUCUCUAGUGAAAGCCCUCUCUAAGGUGUAUGGCAAAGUGUACGGCCGCCUGAUUGACCCAUUCAAAGAGAUCCUGGUCACCGUAGGAGCUUAUGGGUCAUUAAUGAGCAGCAUGCAGGCACUAGUGGAAGAGGGUGAUGAGGUUGUAAUAAUCGAGCCUUUCUACGACUGCUAUGUUCCUAUGGUUAGGAUGGCAGGGGCCAAGCCGGUUUUAAUACCACUUCGAACUAAGUCCAGCAAGAAAACAAACUUCAGCAGUGCAGACUGGGUUUUGGACCAGGAUGAACUUGCCAGUAAAUUCAAUUCCAAGACAAAGGCCAUCAUUAUUAACACUCCUAACAACCCCAUUGGGAAAGUCUUCACCAGAAGUGAGCUGCAAGUCAUUGCAGAUCUUUGCAUCAAGCACGAUGUCCUGUGCUUCAGUGACGAGGUUUAUGAAUGGCUCAUAUACAGAGGCCAUGAGCAUGUGAAAAUAGCAACACUUCCUGGCAUGUGGGACAGAACCAUUACUAUUGGCAGUGCAGGGAAAACCUUCAGCGUGACUGGCUGGAAGUUGGGUUGGUCAAUUGGGCCUGAACACUUGGUCAAACACCUGCAGACGGUUAUGCAGAACACCCUGUACGCAUGUGCAACUCCACUGCAGGAGGCAGUUGCGCGGGGUCUUCUGCAUGACUUUGAGCUGAUGGAACAGCCGGACUGCUACUUCUCUUCCCUAGCGGUAGAGCUGCAGGGCAAGCGAGACCGCCUGGCGUGCAUUUUGCAGCAGGCUGGCAUGUCUCCGGUGGUCCCUGAAGGGGGCUACUUCAUGAUCGUGGAUGUCACAGCUCUGAAUCAGGAUCUCUCUCACAUGGAAGAGGACAAGCCGUAUGACUACAAGUUUGUCGAGUGGAUGAUCAAAGAGAAGAAACUGGCUGCCAUUCCUGUCACCGCGUUCUGUGGGGAUGAAUCCAGAAAACAGUUUGAGAAAUACAUCCGUUUGUGCUUCAUCAAGCAAGACAGCACACUAGAUGCUGCAGCAACCAUACUGAAGAACUGGAGCAAAGCUUGACACGGGAUGCUGUGGUGGAGUUGACCUCUCCGAUUUUCCCCCAGUACAGUGUGCGUACACGCGUGGGUAUUUGAACUGCACUUUGCAUAGUUACUGUUCUUUUACUCGUGUGGUAACUUCCUCUGAAAUCUGGUUGACAUUGUCAAAAGCUGCGUUUCCAGUUUGCCAGAGGUUUUCCAAGAAAGGCCCUAAUGUAGAAGAGGUUCAUAAAAUAACAGUGCAAUGAGAAGUGCAAGUUCAUUCCCUUACAAGUGCUGGGCUUGAUGACAAUUUUACUUAAUAAAUGUUACCAGUGGAAACCUG